AUGCCGCGCUCCUUCCUGGUCAAGCAGCCCUCCUGCAGCCGCGCGCCCAACUACGGCCGCCUCGAGACGCGCCGCCACGAGUCCAAUGGAUGGUGCCCCCCCUGGAGGGGGGUGGCACUCCCCCUCCAUGCCCAGGAGGGAGUGGCCGGCCGGGCAGCCCCCUGCGAAGCUGCGGCUGGCCUCUGGGACCCGGCCCCCGCCUGCCCGCCCCCUCCCGCCCCGCAGAGCAGCGAGGCCAAGGGGGAUCCUGGUGCCGGGGAGCAGGGGGGCAGCCGGCCCUGCGGCACCCCCCUCCGCGACAGCCAGAACAACCUCAAUCUCCCGUCGGCGCCAAGGAGGACUCCCCACCCCGGCAGCCUGGCGGAGGGAGGCGGCGGCAGGCUGCUGGGGGAGCCGGGUGCGGCUGCGGACCCGCUGGAGAGGCUGGCGUGCCCGGACUGCGGCAAGCCCUACCGGACCUUCUCGGGGCUGGCCCGCCAUCGGCAGCAGCGCUGCAGGCUGCAGGCGCCGGCGGCCCGGAGGAGCUUCAGCUGCAAGCACUGCCCCAAGGAGUACGCCAGCCUGGGGGCGCUGAAGAUCCACAUCCGCACGCACACCCUGCCCUGCGUCUGCAAGACCUGCGGCAAGGCCUUCUCCCGGCCCUGGCUGCUGCAGGGCCACAUCCGCACGCACACAGGAGAAAAGCCCUACAGCUGCUCCCACUGCAGCCGCGCAUUCGCCGACCGCUCCAACCUCCGUGCGCACCUGCAGACGCAUUCCGACAUCAAGAAAUACCAGUGCGGCGCCUGCCUGAAGACCUUCUCCCGGAUGUCUUUGCUGCUGAGGCACGAGGAAUCCGCGUGUUGUCCGGCGACCUGAUGCCGCUGCCUCCGGGAAGACAGAUCCACAGAUUCUGAAACCGUUGCGGGGCGGGGGAGGGCCCCCGGACGGGCGGCUGAAGACCUGCAGCGGCACGGAGGCGCCGGAGCUGGGCUGCAAGGCCGGAUCCUGUGGCGGCUCGUGCCUCCUCCUCGGAGGAAAGGGAGGCGUAACUCCCGCAACGGAAGGGGAGCCACCCCGGCUUGUGCAGCGAGGCAGCGGGGGGCCGCCGUCUGCCAGGCUGGCUUUCAGUCCCUCGCAUCCCAUUUCCCCGCAGAGGUGCCUCUUCCCGUCCCGGAUUUGUGGAGCUGUCCAAGCAGCCCAGGCGCGUCCUGGCGCCGCUCCUUGGAAUUCUCCCCAUUUUCUGCCUUCCUGGGCAGAGGCGUGUUGGAAGGAAGGAGGCCCGGUGCUUCUUCCACCGUUUAGCCUUUGCAUUAAAAAGCUCGGCCCUCCCUGCCCUGCUUUGGGUCCGUGGCGGUUUCCCUCCGUCCGCGUGCGUGCGCUAGCCAGCCCCCUCUUCUGCGUCCUUGUGGCCGUCCCGUGGGCCCUCGCCUCCCGGUCUCUAGCUUUGACGAGAGAGCUCGGCGGUGCCUUAAGCCAUCUCCUUGCCGCCGCACGGGUCUUCUGGAAAGAAGCGGGGCCCUGGGGCAGCGUCCCUCUGACUGCGAGCAGUUUUCUUGCAUGCCUUGCUGGGGAGCUGCCAACUCGCUUGCGCAGAGUCUCCUUUUCAUCUCGUGGCCUUUAGCGAAGCAGAGGCCGCAAGCAGCCCCGCUGGGUUCCCUGGGCCGUCGUGCCCCUUGCCCCCGGGUCCCAAUCCUGCGCGGGUUUCCUGGCUUUUGCCCUCCCUGCUCUAAAAGGCUGGGUUUUAAGCAGCAGUGAUUUGGCCUGCUCUGCCCAUGUGGCCCUCGAGGACUCCUGGGCGGUGGAAUUCAAGAGAAGGUGUCCAACCUUGGGCCAGGUGGUAUUUUUCAGCUCCCCCCCCUCCCUCUCUCUCUCUCUCUCUCUCUCUCUCUCUCUCUCUCUCUCUUUCUCUCUCUCUCUCUCUCUCUCUCUCUCACACACACACACACACACACACACACACGUGUUCACCCACUGAAAAUACUGCAGUGCGAGUUUUAGGAAGGCUUCAUCCAAACGGAUGGAGGUUUUCAAAGGAAUGUCAGUGCGGGCCGUGUCUCCAGUGGGGUGGCGAUGGAAGCACAGCCGUGCCGGAAGCGGCGGCACCCAGUUCUGGGUUCCUGGCUCGUGAUGCCCCCCGGAGACGCCCCGGGAACAGUCAGCACCCCGCUGGCCGCCCGAGGCUGGCGCCGGUUUUGCCACCUGCAGAGGAAUGCUCUGGCAGGCACACACUUGUUCUCCCAGAGGCCGGAUGGGGGCCGCCGCUGCUCCUCGGCGGCCUCGUCCCAGAGCGGCAGCGGGACCGUGAGGGGAGGAGGGCUGGAGCGGCGACGUCAGCCUGGCCGGGUGGCGAAGUCAGGCAAAGCCACGUUAAUAUUUAUCAUUUGGCCAGCGAGAGGAAGGGCCGCCGUGGCCUUGCCCAGAGUGCACACACCAGGCCCGGAGAUGUCGAGAAGGAAGGCGCAUUGUAAACGCAGUUCUAUUUUGAGCCGCCGAGCAUCUAAAUACGGCUCCCGCACCUGUUGUUCCGAGGGCUGGAGCAGGAAAGAAUGCUGCCCGGGCUAAAAUAAGCCCGAAUGUUUUCUCUCUGCAUCUCGUGGCAAAUGGAAAGUGCGUAUAAGCGCGGCGGUGGGAGGGCUGCCCUGCCGGCCGGCCGCUCAUCUGUCAUCCCAGGCCAAGGGCUGCGACGGAGCCGGGCGGAAUGAAUGAAUGAGUUUUUCCAGCCGUUCGCGGCUGGAAAGUGCACGACAUGCCGCUGAGCCCCGGGACAUGUUGCUCAUCCGUUCUGCCUAGAACAGUUCGGGGAGGGGGGGAAAGCUGAUUUGCCCCCCCCCCCACCCCAGGACACGCGCAAGAGCCGGCAGCCUCGCUUCACGGGUUGCUGCGCUAUUCUGUCCCGAGCAUUUGCAUCAAGUGGCCAAAGGCUGAAAUGGGCUGUUAGCACCAAAGUCCCGGGUUCGAAUCUCGCCUCAGCUGGCAGGCCUGGACAAGCCGCCCUUCCACAUCUGGACUUUCCCUGCCCUCCGCACCCCACACACACACACACACACACACUUCCAGCAUGGGGAUAAUGGGACUCUUUGUGGGGGUUUCUGAAUAUAGAAAGGGCAGGGCUUGAAUUCUCCCUUGGAUGCUAACUCGCAGGAGAGCAAACUAUGCGCCCAGGGAUGGGGCAAGGACCGAUUUCUUCAAUCCAGAUUCGUGGUGGUCUAGGGAGGCCGGGGGCUGGUGGAGACGCAGCCCCACUGCUGAAUUCCUCAGGGCAUCUUUGUGGGAAAAGGUUUUGCUCACACCCAUCGAUUCCGUCCAGUUGCAACAUGAAGUAUUUUGGCGUGUUGUAGCCUCGCAUGGGCUCUGCCACGCUUUAGGACAAACUGGCUGCUGCUGAAGACGAAAAGGCCGAGAGCUGUUUUGUAGACACAGAUCAAUGCAAUUUCCUGAGCUCUUGGGGCUUCCGUGUGGUUAUAACGUAUAAUGUAACUUAUGUUUGCCUUAUGGCUAAUGGGGCAGGAUAAAAAUCUAAUAAAUUAAUCAAAAAUAAAUCUAUGGGCGGUGCCGUGACAGACACCCACAUGUGAA